CAGUCGAAUCUCACAACCUCGAUCUAGCGUCCGUCGUUGGCUCACACUUGUGCUUUCCUCCUCGCCAGUCCGAGUGCCCCGACGAUUCGCGCCGUUUUUCCCGCCAAAAAUCGCCUUGCCCGCAUCCCUCCCGCAGUGUGAGUAAAUUUGACCCCCUUUUUUGUGCUUUUACUUCAUCCUCCAAGUGACCGUUUGUCGUGUUCCAGGAAACCGAAACAGGGAUCCCGCGCCUUAGGAACAGGACCUAACGCAGAAAAAAUUGCCAAGUGUGUAACUCGCAUCCAGAGUAUCCAUCGACUCAGAUUUAGAUGCAAUGGCUUUCAAAGUGUGGCUGUUUUUACUAGCCAUGACACUUCCUGAUUUGACCCACGCCAUCAUAAAUAACGAAACAACGAGUGCUGUCAAAUCAGAAAUAGAAUCGUUAAGUAACAGUCAAGUUUCAGAUGCGCGGAUCAUCGCCGCGCCGGUGAACAUCGUGGGUCGGGCGGACCACUGCACCGCGCGGCUGGAGUCGGCCCUGGGCUCGAUCUCGUCCAAGCGCUCCGUCUCCAACGGGAGCGGCUUGAGCAGCGGGGGCGGUGGGAGCGGACCCCUGUUGGAUCUGUCCGGCUACGCGCUCCACCAGCCGCUCCGCUCGGCCCCGCUCGAGAUGUACGUGACGGACAUGAAAGUGAAGAUGCCAUCCAAGUCCUCCUGGGCCUCCAUCGAGAAGUGCCGCUACGACCCGCAUGUCCACAUGCUCCAGACCCAGCUCCUCUUCCACGAUCUCAUCAUCACCGGCGCCGUCAAGCUCUACGACGAGUCCUCCGUCCUCAGGAAGCCAUCCUUAGCUGAUAAGUGCAACAUGACUCUAAGGUUGCGUCAUGCAGGACUGGGUUUCACAGCUACCCCCAAGCGUUCAGGUUUUGGGACAGAUGUUAAAACAUCUACCACAUUUGUAGAUCCUAAUUUUGUAAGUAUUCAUGCCUACAACUGUCAACCAAUGGAGCUGGGAGGAAUUCAACGGAUAGGAGAGGAAACUGAUGGUCCUGAGGGUAGAGAGGAUAUUAGUCCAAAUGUAAGCCAAGAAAUGGAGGAAGUUUUCCUCAGAGGAAUCCGAUCAUUGCUCACUAAAUACAUGGAGAAAAAACUGCACCCUGCACUAAAAGACACCCUUAUGAUUAAUAUGGGAUAUACAGUUUCUUAUGGGCGAAGAUAACACUGCACUUGUAACUUUAUUUUGUACACAAUAAAUUAUUUUAUUAUAAA